GGCGGAAUUCUUGGUGUUCGGAUUUGGGCUGUAAACUUAGGUAGGUAGAGAGUAAUUACUUGUUUCAUUGCCUGUUAACCCAUCUUUCUCCCCUCUAACAAACUUCAAUCACAUGCAGGCAGGCAUAUUUCCAUCUCAAACCCAACCUUGGGAAUGCCGCAGCAGAUGGAUGUGAGGCCGAUCCAGGCUGUGCUCCCAACGGAGCUCAUCUACCUUGUCAUGACUUGUUUGCUGCCCGAAAGCCCCGAUGUGUUGCUCCCGCCCUCGGACAUGACAACAAGAACUCUGCUUUCGUUUGCGAAGGUCUGCCGUGCGACAUACGCACUAGCAUCAAAGUACCUGAGGAGACAUUGCGUAUAUCUCGACUCGGGGAGUCGAUUGCAGCGUUUUCUACCGGCCUUGCAGCCCGGCCAUGCUCCGGGCGAUGGGCUGGGACUCAGGAAUCUAACAAGUCUGUACCUGGCGCCAUUCGAGAAUAACACGCUCAAUGACCUCGCAACGGCCCUGCGCGUCCGGGACGUCUUCUGCAAGGUCCGGGGGACUCUAAAGCGCCUGGUCAUCGACAUGCCGUUGCGCAGCCUCUACCCUGCCGAGGACCAUCGGAGGGUGCGCGACGUCCUCCGAGACGGCUUCAGCUUACUCACCGGACUCGAGGAGCUUGUUAGCGUGCGCGAUGAGCUUUACUUGGACGUCCAUGAGCCCGAUUGGCCGGUGAAGGAGCCGCCAGUGUGGACAAUGUGGCCCGAGAUUCGGCGCCUGGCGCUGUACAAUCAAGAUAUCGGACUCGAGUUCUGGCACCACGUCGCCUCCAUGCAAAAGCUGGAUUCGCUGGUGCUGACUAGAGCAGACGGUCUCAGCGAGGUCUGCAUCAAGACCGAGUUCUUCGGCCGAGCCAACCGGCCAAUCAAGAUUCUAUUGGUGAACAUCUCGUCUCACCAGCCGGGGCUGACCGAGAUGCCGCGAUGGAACUGGGAGACAGCUGAUCCAGAGGGGAGAAUGCACGUUGUCAUGUACAAUGUCCCCACGUCGUUUUACGGGGACGAGGAUCCGAUCGAGCUGUGCCAGGAUUGGGUAAAGUCGGGCGCCCUCAAGGGAUUGAUCUGGCACUGGGAUGGAACGCUUCUGGAAGGUGCUGCUCCUGCCAGGGGCUCCAUGCCCGCUGCCUAGGGUGUUCGGAUAAUCUGCGGAGUCCGUCCGAUUUUUUGCUGCGUGUUUCCAC